GUCAAAUUUAGAAAGUCAAUCGAUGCUUGAGGGAGGCUGCCUCCGCCAUCCCGCCGCCCCCGCCCCAUUUGUCGUGACAAUUGAGUAUUGCAAACACUAACGUUCGUAUGGAUCGACGACACACACCCCUCAAACACAUUACUCGCGACCAAGUGCCCACGGUGAACCUCGACCAGGUGCGGCAGUCGCGUUCGUGGGAGUUUGUAUGCACAAGCUUGACCAACGACGGGGACUUGAUGGCGCUGGACAUGCUGGACACAAUCUUUAUUAGUGGGGGCGAGAUCACGGCCUGGUACUUUACGACAAAGGACGGCUUUGUGGCGAGGAAAAUGGCCAAGAACGUCACUGCGCAAAACAUCUGCCAAGCGUUUACGCGGGUGGGGUUGGCCUACGAGAAGAACCACGCGCAGCAUGUGGCGGUGCUCUGGCGCGACCAGUGCGCCGACUGCGAGUUGCUGUCGGCGGCCGAGUUGUUGGCGUUGCUGGAGAAGUUGCCCCGUGGUUCCAUGUCGUUGCACGCGUUUGUGAAUCCCAAGGGCGAGCUCCACGCCGGCCGCUUUGCCAACUUUGAACAUGAUUUCAGUGUCAACAAACACGGCAAGGCCCAGUCCAAGUCGUUCCGCAUUGCGUUGGGGGCGCAACGCAUCACGUGCAUGGAUACCCAGCUCACAAAAGCCAUGGAUCUCAUGACGUCCACGGUCAUCGGGCGCGUGGAAAAGAGUCGCAAGUGCAAAGUCGUGCGAUGCGUUGUGCAUUACGCCGUGGAUGACUGCGGGGUGCUGUUUUUGGUCCAAACCCACGAGUUUGAAACGACGCCACUGCAUGUGCCCAAGAUGAAAAAGGAAGCCUCUUCCUGCACCAGCCUAGGACCGUCUGCGACCACCCAGCGCAUGCUCGCGCGCGCCAAGCUGGAGGAGCUGAUGGCGCCCGACGAACGAGCGGUGGAAGCCAUCAUGGCCCAGCUACAAUCGUCCAAACACCCCAAGCCCAACCCCCGUGGCUUGACCUCCUUGGUCCCCCCUCCUCCGAACGCGUUGUCGUCACCUGCCAUCGCCAAUGGUGGGCUGUCAAAACUUGAGCGCCGCGCGCUGUCUGCCACGUAUUUGGGCUCGAGCCAGAAAUCCGGCUGCUGUGGCGACUACUGCUCGACGGUGAUCGACCCGAGCGGCCGGAUGGCGGAUGCCCACCGCGAGAGUUUGCUCGGGUUUCCCAAAGGAUCCAGCACGCUGUCUUCGAAAGCGCUCAAGUACGAGCAACGUCUCGGGUCGCCAGUCAAGUCAGCCGACGACAACAACAACCCACUUUCACCCAAACAUGACACCACUAAGGUGGCAGCCAAACCAACACAUCGCGUGCCGUUCAAGUGCAUUGCGCAAACGCGGGCGGAAAAGGACCUUGUCGCGCUGUUUGUGCGGCGGUACUUGAGUGGCGAGAGCUGCGACUACUUGGCCCAAGAGUAUUUUGGCGACGGCGAAGCCCUCGGCGAGUCGUUCCCGGGGUAUUACUACCAGGACUGCGACGUAUGUGCCAACUGCUUUGCGUUCUACACGCUUAUCGACGAAGCCCGGUCGAAAGCGCUGAAGAAGCUCUCGGUAUCGAAAAAAGGCAAACGGAGGCACGAGCCAUCCGUCGACAGCCAGAAAAGCGUCGUGGAUCAAUUUGCAACGAAACUGCUUUCGGAAAGCCCUCAACUUCCGUGGGAGGUGGCGUGGACGCGCGUCCAGACCGUGUUGCGCACCAUCACCAAAGUUGACGUGGCCGAGCUGCGGAGCUUUGUGCACCCACCACCGGCGGUAGCCAUGGUCACGAGUGUGUUGAUGAUCCUUCUGCUCGGGGAUACAGUCAUCCCGCCGGAGUCGUCCUCCGGCGGCGGUGACGACGACGCUGUGAUGCAAAAGGUGUGGGCUAAUGCCAAAAAAGAGCUUUCCCAAGGCGACAAAAUCAUGACGCUGUUGACCCAAUUGGAUUUGAAUGCCCUUACGUCGAGUCAAAUCCAUCGCGCGCGGUUGUACAUGUCCAACGCCCUCUACAACAGCGACGUGAUCACCCCCAUUUGGAAAUGCGCGGCGAAGUUUUGUGACUGGACGGUCGCGGUGGUGGACGCGUACACGUUGUUGCAAGGGCACGAACCACCAACCAAGAAGUUCACUGCCAAGAUCCGAUCGAUUGCAAAUCAUCCUCCCGUGAAAACGGAUCCAACGACUACUACCGCCAUGAAGUCGGUAGUCCAAGCCAAGCAAAUGACUCGGUUGUGUGGGCCAACCCAAGCCACCCGAGACGACAGCCCGCUGCUGCAGCACACGUUUCGCUGCAAGGACGGCGUGACGAUGAUCCCGUACGAAGUCGUGGGGAUGGUGGACGUUGCAUUGACCAAGGCCAACUUGGUCGUGUGCCACGAUUUUUUCGAUACGCUGGACGCGACCAAAGUAUUUUUUCGGUCGGUGGUCAAGAACCACCCCGGGUGCCAGAUUUUGUUUUUCAAUUUCCCGGGCCAAGCCGGCACGCAGUACCCCGUGGAACGAACAGACGACCACCUCAACACCACCACCACCCUCCCCCCCCAACAACAACAGACGACCACAACUGUUCACGUGUUGAACAACUUGUUUACAUCGCAGUGUGUGUACGAACUGCUCACGCACUUGCACACGUCGGCGGCGUUCCUUCUCUCCGUGCCGUUUCAUGUGGUGGGGUUUGGGAACGGCGGCAACAUUGCCACGUGUCUGGCGAUUCAAUAUGGCCGGUUGUGGCCAAGCUUGGCCUCGAUCGUGCUCGUCAACGCCUUUGCCAAGAUUGACGCGCAACUCGCGGGCAUCCUCCACGGCGCUCUAAACCUGUUUUCGUGCUUACCGCCCAACCGCCCAGACCUGCCGCUGACGUACUUGAGCAAGUUUUUGUUCUCGGAUGCAUAUGUGGCCAAGGUCGAUCCGAACAUGGCCCUGAGCAUCUACACCGCCGUCACCAACGCCAUCUCCCUCGAAGGCCGCAUCCGCAUUUGCAAAGGCGCGCUGCAUCAUGUCGACCUUGUGGCGCAGUUGCGCGAGGUGGCAGUGCCGCUGGUUGUCGUGCAGUCUGUCGAAAAUGGAAUGGUCGCUCCUACGAACGUCGAUCCGUUCCUCGAAGGACGAGCGUGUUCGCAUAUUUGGUCGCAUCAACACAGCAGCAAAGGUGACUUGAACGCCAAGGCCAGGCAGUUGCUAAGCAACACCCUCAACGCGAAAAGUGAAAAAAGCGCGUUCGUCGCGUGGCUUCGAGCUGGCCACGAAGUUCGCCAAGAAUCCAAGACGUACAUCUGCGACUUGCUCGAGUUUCUGGUGGCGUGGCCGACCAGUGCCAUGAACGACAGCGUUGGUCCGAAGGACAGCGAAGACGACCCUACCCAAAACGAGGAGCUAGCGGCUACCGCGAUCACUACCAAUCAACUAUCAACACCCGCGAUCAAGCCCAUUGACGAGCCGUCCAAUACAGCAGACGUCGCGAAAGUUAGCGCCAAAGACAAUGUCAAAGUUAAACUAGCUGCCAGUCAGCCUCCUCGGCUAACAUUGUUCAAGCAAGGCGGUGGCGGUGUGAAACCUCCGACAGUUGAACUAGUUCUUGAAAAGAAACAACCCCCCGACGGCUAUAAAGUCAGCUAUGCGCCACCAACCAACACCUCGUACGACGCAGAUAUGGAGCGAACGAGGGCGAAGCUGAGUGACCAAGUGGCGGCCGCCGAGGCGCUGGCAAUGGAAAAGCAGUUACUGGACAAGCAGGACGUGGAACGGAGGUUAUCUACCUUGCGACACGAGCAAGAGCUGCGGCGGAAGCAGUGGGAGGACGAGGACAAUGAGCGCUUGCGGCUGCUGGAGCUCGAAUUCCUCGGACAGAAAGCGGCGCGAACUCAAGAUCACCAAGCGCUGGAAGCUACCCUUUGGCAGGAUGAAGUCCAACGGGAACAGCAAAAGAUGCUGCUAGCAGGCGACACACAAGGGAAGGGCUGGUUGGACUCGAUAGAUUCGGCGGAGAACAACGCCAGUAGUAGUGAUCUACCUCGGGAUACUAUCGAGGCCGUACUAGCCCAUUCGACUAUGGAAGACCUCGUGCUGGACAACGUUGUCGGGGCGCCGCCCGCGCAACCGACGAUCACAAACUUGUUUGAAGAACUCGAAGCAGAAGACGAACGCAAACGAAAGGUCGGCGUGCUGAAGGUCGAAGAGUACGAACUCGUCAAGAAACAAAUGGCCUUAGCACAAGCUGAACGGGACAAGGUGGCUAAAGUGCAGCAAAUGGAGGCGGAAUCCAAGCUACGGGAUUCCAUGGCGGUGAUAGUUCAAGCCACCAUACGGCGCUACCUCGCGCAAUGCACACUCCACCACCUUCGCAACGAGUUUGCAUUUGACCUGAAACGUGAACAAGAUGGAGCGACGAUCGUCCGCGUGGCGAGGGGGGCUCUCGCAAGGAUACGCACGCGAAAGCACAAGGAAGUGACGCGGCUUCGAAUCGAAUACGACGAAGCCACGCUGACCAUCCAACGAUGCUACAAGGGGUCCAAGGCGCGGCGGGCGUACCGCCACACCCUCCGCAACAAGUACGCCGUGUUUAUUCAACGGGUGUAUCGUGGGUAUGUCGGGCGCAAGCGUGUCGGGGAUAUUCGGCAGUCGUUUGCUCGUAUUCAAAUACUGCAUGCCAAAGCGACCAAACUUCAAGCCACGUACAAGAUGUAUCGGGAAAAGGACAAGUACUUGGGGUCGAGAGUGCGGACGCUGGCGGCAAACGAGAUCCAGCGCGUCGUCCGCGGGCAUUUGGCUCGCACCAAGGUGAGCAAGAUGAAAGAGUGGCAAGGCGCCGCGCCAGGACCAGAGAAAUUGUCGCUCGGGCUCAAGCGAAUUGAAGAGUCCAAGGCCGAAUUCGAGCGUCAGCAACAAGAGAUCGACGCCUUGCACCGCGCGCAAGAGCAGGCCGAGCUCAAAGUGUCGGAGAUUCACUCGAGCUUGACGGAAUCGCAAAAGGAGUUGGCCGUGCUGGAGCGGGAGCUUCUCGAGAUCGACCAGAUCGAAACCGACCUCCACGAACUCACCCAUGAAGCGGAGAUGUUGCGCACCAAGGGCGUGGACAACACCGUCCCCCUUGGCAAUGGCAUUGUGUUGAACCAGCCGAAUGAAACGGGGGGCUUUGAAACCAAAGAGGAGGCGCGGAAGCGGCAAGCAGAAGCUUACGCCAUAGAAAUGGCCAUCCAUAUCAAGCGCGCUGAGCGUGAGAAGAAGAAGAAGGAGCUCGAGGCGGAAUUCACGAGCGUGUUCAACGACGUGCAGGCCAAGAAGCACGCGCUGGAGGAGAUGGAGGGGAAGCUCAGCGACAUGGAGGCCGCGCGCAUGCGAAAGGACCGCGAAUUCACGCGGCUGCAGCGCAACCUCAUGGAGCUGUUGGAAGAGCAAAAGUACGAACUGGACAUGAUCCGGGAGAAAGGGAUCGAGCUCGAGACAGCCACCGCCACGUCCGCCGCCGCCGCCGCCGCCACCGCCAUGAAGGCCAAGGAGCAUGAAAAGAAAUCCCAGGCGAUCUUUGAAUCUACCGAAGAACUGAUGAAGUUCCAGUUCAUGUCCAUGUCGCUGUCGUACUUCAGCUCGCUGAACAUGCUCAAGAGUCUGCGGGACAUCAAUGCCGACACGACGGCGUCGGCGAUAUCGAGUACGGCGGAAACCGCUGCGACUGCAGCGGCUGCCGCCGCCGCCGCCAACAUCCCGAUGAUGAAGCGGCUGCAAGUUGGGAGCGCCGAGUUGUUAGAUGCUGCGUCCAAGAAGAAGAAGGCAGAGCUUGAAGAGAAGAAGAAGCGGGAACAAGAGGCCCUCGAAGCCCUCAAGCAGCCGUUCCCGAAUGCCAUGCGCGAUUGGGCCAUCGACGAUGUGUGUCGAUGGCUGGAUGUGCUAUCUCUGUCGCAGUAUAAGCAAGCAUUUAAGGAAGGCGCGGUGGACGGCGCGUUGCUGCUGGAGCUGCGGCCGGAGGACUUGUCCGACAUCCUGGGGGUGACCCACAAGGCGCAUAUUUUGAAGCUGUUGGUGUCGAGGAAGAAGUAUCUGCCGCUGAGCUCCACCGAGCGCAUGAAAGUGAGCGCGGUGGAGAGCGAGGAUGCGUCGGACAAUGCUCGCAAGGGGGUGCCAGACAUGGAGACGGCGUUCAGCCAGGCGCGCAACGGCCGGCUCAAGCGGCUGAUCGAAAGCGUCGAAGCGGGGUUUGAUGUCAACACAGAGGACGACAAGGGCAACACACUACUGCUCACGGCCGCGCAAAACGUCAACCAAAAGAUGGUCGAGUAUUUGAUCUUGAAAGGAUCGAAUGUCAACCACAAAAAUGCCCAAGGCAACACGGCGCUGCACUUUGCCAUGGCGUACGACAAGGAAGGCGUGGUGGGCGAGUAUUUAAUCGGCCACGGCGCCGACGACACGAUCGAAAACAUGUUUGGCCUGUCGCCGUACGAUGGCAUUUCCGCCGAAGGAUAACAUGUAUAUCGAUGAUGGGGUUAUGGAGUUUGUCGUACGCGAUGGCAAAUGAAUGCAAACCUUGCUAGCGAACAUCAAAA